AUGUCUUCCAUCACCAUCACCACCACCCACAAGAUGCACACCCAACGAGACAUUGAGGAAGCCCUCCUAGGCUCCUGGUCCCUGCUGGAGUACUUCUCCGACCCGUUCGACGGGAAGGGACCCUCGCUGCAUCCCAUGGGCCCCGACGCCCGGGGCAUGCUCACCUACCACCCGGACGGACGCAUGUCAGUGCACCUCAUGCCCUCAGCUAAGAUGAAAUCCCGCACGGCGGUCAAUGAUGGCUUCAUCUACACCGGGAGAUACUGGGUGGAGCUGCAAGAACUAGGCAAGAACAGCUUCAUGGUCUGCCAUCGAGCCGAGUUGGCUUCGCUCCCGUAUCUGGAAGGGAUGGUGCAGAGACGCAAGGUCACCCUGCCGGACAAUAAUCGGCUGGUGAUGUCCUUUGUAGGGAUUGAGGAGCUUGAUGUAUGUGGCCCUUAA